AUGUGUGGAAGCACACUAGCGCACCACAAGCAUGAUGCAGUUCGCCGCCGGACGCAAGCCGAGGAGGGUUCGCGAUGCAGUCACGCCCGCCGCUGCCACCGCCGUCAUAGCUGCCAUGGGUCACCACCUGCGCCAGGGUACGGGGUGUGGCACUCGCGCUGCCCUGCCAUCUCAGCUGUCCAUGCCAUCACCCGCCGCCUGCUGCUGCUGCUGCUGCUGCUGCUGCUGCUGCUGCAGCCCCUGCACGUGAUCAACGCACCUGCUGCCACCACUCGUCGACACUGCCGCCGUCCGUUGUCUGCAUGCCACCAAAUAAUGCGGCGGCACGGAGGAGAAGGCGGCGGCACGGAGGAGAAGGCGGCGGCACGGAGGAGAAGGCGGCGGCACGGAGGAGAAGGCGGCGGCACGGAGGAGAAGGCGGCGGCACGGAGGAGAAGGCGGCGGCACGGAGGAGAAGGCGGCGGCACGGAGGAGAAGGCGGCGGCACGGAGGAGAAGGCGGCGGCACGGAGGAGAAGGCGGCGGCACGGAGGAGAAGGCGGCGGCACGGAGGAGAAGGCGGCGGCACGGAGGAGAAGGCGGCGGCACGGAGGAGAAGGCGGCGGCACGGAGGAGAAGGCGGCGGCACGGAGGAGAAGGCGGCGGCACGGAGGAGAAGGCGGCGGCACGGAGGAGAAGGCGGCGGCACGGAGGAGAAGGCGGCGGCACGGAGGAGAAGGCGGCGGCACGGAGGAGAAGGCGGCGGCACGGAGGAGAAGGCGGCGGCACGGAGGAGAAGGCGGCGGCACGGAGGAGAAGGCGGCGGCACGGAGGAGAAGGCGGCGGCACGGAGGAGAAGGCGGCGGCACGGAGGAGAAGGCGGCGGCACGGAGGAGAAGGCGGCGGCACGGAGGAGAAGGCGGCGGCACGGAGGAGAAGGCGGCGGCACGGAGGAGAAGGCGGCGGCACGGAGGAGAAGGCGGCGGCACGGAGGAGAAGGCGGCGGCACGGAGGAGAAGGCGGCGGCACGGAGGAGAAGGCGGCGGCACGGAGGAGAAGGCGGCGGCACGGAGGAGAAGGCGGCGGCACGGAGGAGAAGGCGGCGGCACGGAGGAGAAGGCGGCGGCACGGAGGAGAAGGCGGCGGCACGGAGGAGAAGGCGGCGGCACGGAGGAGAAGGCGGCGGCACGGAGGAGAAGGCGGCGGCACGGAGGAGAAGGCGGCGGCACGGAGGAGAAGGCGGCGGCACGGAGGAGAAGGCGGCGGCACGGAGGAGAAGGCGGCGGCACGGAGAAGGCGGCGGCACGGAGAAGGCGGCGGCACGGAGAAGGCGGCGGCACGGAGAAGGCGGCGGCACGGAGAAGGCGGCGGCACGGAGAAGGCGGCGGCACGGAGAAGGCGGCGGCACGGAGAAGGCGGCGGCACGGAGAAGGCGGCGGCACGGAGAAGGCGGCGGCACGGAGAAGGCGGCGGCACGGAGAAGGCGGCGGCACGGAGAAGGCGGCGGCACGGAGAAGGCGGCGGCACGGAGAAGGCGGCGGCACGGAGAAGGCGGCGGCACGGAGAAGGCGGCGGCACGGAGAAGGCGGCGGCACGGAGAAGGCGGCGGCACGGAGAAGGCGGCGGCACGGAGAAGGCGGCGGCACGGAGAAGGCGGCGGCACGGAGAAGGCGGCGGCACGGAGAAGGCGGCGGCACGGAGAAGGCGGCGGCACGGAGAAGGCGGCGGCACGGAGAAGGCGGCGGCACGGAGAAGGCGGCGGCACGGAGAAGGCGGCGGCACGGAGAAGGCGGCGGCACGGAGAAGGCGGCGGCACGGAGAAGGCGGCGGCACGGAGAAGGCGGCGGCACGGAGAAGGCGGCGGCACGGAGAAGGCGGCGGCACGGAGAAGGCGGCGGCACGGAGAAGGCGGCGGCACGGAGAAGGCGGCGGCACGGAGAAGGCGGCGGCACGGAGAAGGCGGCGGCACGGAGAAGGCGGCGGCACGGAGAAGGCGGCGGCACGGAGAAGGCGGCGGCACGGAGAAGGCGGCGGCACGGAGAAGGCGGCGGCACGGAGAAGGCGGCGGCACGGAGAAGGCGGCGGCACGGAGAAGGCGGCGGCACGGAGAAGGCGGCGGCACGGAGAAGGCGGCGGCACGGAGAAGGCGGCGGCACGGAGAAGGCGGCGGCACGGAGAAGGCGGCGGCACGGAGAAGGCGGCGGCACGGAGAAGGCGGCGGCACGGAGAAGGCGGCGGCACGGAGAAGGCGGCGGCACGGAGAAGGCGGCGGCACGGAGAAGGCGGCGGCACGGAGAAGGCGGCGGCACGGAGAAGGCGGCGGCACGGAGAAGGCGGCGGCACGGAGAAGGCGGCGGCACGGAGAAGGCGGCGGCACGGAGAAGGCGGCGGCACGGAGAAGGCGGCGGCACGGAGAAGGCGGCGGCACGGAGAAGGCGGCGGCACGGAGAAGGCGGCGGCACGGAGAAGGCGGCGGCACGGAGAAGGCGGCGGCACGGAGAAGGCGGCAAGGAGAAGGCGGCAAGGGAAAGAGUAA